AUGCAGGGCGGCAACCACAUGCUCCUCGAGGAGCCCGUCCGCCUCGCCUCCGUCCUCGCCCCCGCCAAGCCUAAAGUUUUCCCAUCCCUCACUAAGAUUGUUGGGACGCUUGGGCCCAACUCGCACUCAGUCGAAGUGAUUGAAGAAUGCCUCACUGCUGGGAUGUCAGUUGCGCGGUUUGAUUUCUCUUGGAAGGAUGCUACUUAUCAUCAGGAGACCCUCGACAAUCUGAGGAAAGCGGCACAGAAUGUGAAGAAGUUAUGUCCUAUAAUGCUGGAUACAGUGGGUCCAGAAAUUCAGGUUCACAAUUCAACUGGUGGAGCAAUCGAGUUGAUAGGGGGGAAUCAUGUCACAAUAACACCAGAUCUUUCUAAAGCUCCUUCGGCUGAUAUCCUACCAAUUAAAUUUGGCGAUCUUGCAAAAGUUGUGAAGAAGGGUGAUACUCUUUUCAUUGGUCAAUAUCUUUUCACAGGAAGUGAAACAACAUCUCUAUGGCUUGAAGUUACGGAGACUUCUGGUGCAGAAGUGAUUUGUUAUGUGAAGAACACAGCUACACUGUCGGGGCCCAUUUUCACUCUACAUGUUUCACAAGUACAUAUCAGUAUGCCCACUUUGAGUGAAUAUGAUAAACAGGUCAUAUCAACAUGGGGGCUGCAAAACAGUGUUGACAUUAUAUCGCUUUCCCAUACCCGCUCUUCUGAGGAUGUCAGGGAGCUUAGAGCCUUUUUAAAAUCUCAUGAUCUUCAAGACACACAGAUAUAUGCGAAGGUUGAAAAUGCUGAGGGUUUGGAACAUUUUGAUGAAAUUCUCCAAGAGGCAGAUGGUAUCAUCAUAUCGCGAGGAGACCUGGGAAUUGACCUCCCACCAGAGAGGGUGUUCAUGUCCCAAAAGACUGGUAUUCAUAAAUGCAACAUGGCCGGCAAACCUGUGAUCAUUACUAGGGUUGUGGACAGCAUGAUUGACAAUCUGCGCCCUACUCGCGCAGAAGCUACUGAUGUUGCAAAUGCUGUCCUAGAUGGAACUGAUGGCAUUUUGCUCGGUGCGGAGACACUUCGAGGGCAGUAUCCUGUUGAUGCUGUGCGUACUGUGGGCAGAAUAUGUGCAGAAGCUGAGACCGUGUAUAACCAGUCACUUCACUUCAAGAAAGUAGUGAGGCAUGUAGGUGAACCAAUGGCCCAUGAAGAAUCUGUGGCAUCAUCAGCGGUUCGUUCUGCAAUGAAAGUAAAAGCUGCUGCAAUUGUUGUGUUCACCUUCUCGGGGAGAGCUGCUAGGUUAAUUGCUAAAUACAGGGCCCCAAUGCCAGUUUUAGCAGUUGUGUUCCCACGCGAGGGCUCUGAUCCAUCGAAGUGGCGUUCUUAUGGCACGACACAGGCGAGGCAAUGUUUUUCUGUGAGAGGUGUCUACCCUUUGAUGGGGAGUACUGACGAGGUAUGUAUGCACUUCUUACUUGGUGAUACCAGAGCAAGUUCUGUUAUUUCCAAUGUUAAGCAUAUAUGGUGGCUCAGGAUGCUUUUUGUACAGGCUGAAACUGGUGGGCUCACCAAGGAAGAAUACGGGAUAAAACUUGCACUGAACUAUGGCCGGUCAGUCGGCAUAAUAAGGCCAUACGACAGGGUGAUUAUUUUUGAAAAGAUCGGUGAUUCUUCUGUUGUCAAGAUCAUCGAGUGCGACGAUUCUGAAAGAUGA